AAACUGGCAACGCCGCCAAAUGCUUUCAAAUCACAUGUGGCAGAAAUAGCUGAUGCAAUCGUUUCAUCGGUAAAUUAUCGGUGGUAGUACACCGCCAAUACAGCAUAAACUUACGUCGAACGCACAUCGAUUCUUUUUCGACCUCGUGAAUCAAUUCAUAAGCCACAAUGACUGAAGAAGACGCGAUUUUCGAUCCCUCUCUCAAAAAGAAGAAGAAGAAGAAGAAGACCGCUUUUGACAUCGACGCCGCACUCGCAGCUGAGGGUGUUGAUGCAGACACCAAUGCACCUAGUGCAAAUGAUGUUGACAUUAAUGAGGAGGACUUUGACUUGGGCAAGAAGAAGAAGAAGAAGGUCUUUAACUUAGAUGACUUGGAGGGUUCUCUUCCAGAGAAGGAUGGUGGUGGUCAGGAUGAUGCAAUUAUUGAUGAUAAUCUUGACUUGGAAUUGGACUUCAGCAAGGCAAAAAAGAAAAAGCAGAAGAAGAAAGAUCUACAUGAACUUAUGGCUGAAGUAGAUAAGAAACAAGAAGAUAAAGAAAAUGUUGAAAAACAACUUGAAGAUGUUGAUGAAAAUUCAAUGAAUUGGAAUAGUACCGAUCGUGAUUACACAUACGAAGAGUUAUUAAAUCGUGUUUUCGAAAUAAUGCGCGAUAAGAAUCCAGAUAUGGUCGCCGGCAAAAAACAGAAAUUUGUCAUGAAACCACCACAGGUUGUGCGCAUCGGUACGAAAAAAACCUCAUUCGCCAACUUCACCGAAAUCUGCAAAACACUCCAUAGGCAGCCGAAACAUUUACUGGAUUUUUUGUUAGCCGAGUUAGGUACGAGUGGAUCUGUGGAUGGUAACAACCAACUUAUUAUUAAAGGUCGCUUCCAGCAGAAGCAAAUCGAAAAUGUUUUGAGGAGAUAUAUUAAGGAGUAUGUUACAUGCCAUACUUGCCGAUCGCCUGAUACUAUUUUGCAAAAGGAUACGCGAUUGUUUUUCCUGCAAUGCGAAACUUGUGGAUCAAGGUGUUCGGUUGCUAGUAUAAAAUCAGGUUUCCAGGCUGUCACCUCAAAACGCGCUGCAAUACGUGCGAAAACUGCUUAAUCACGAAUUAUCACACUUCAACCAGACCCAACGCACGCGUAUGUAUUUAUUACAGUUGCGUAGCGGUAAAGCUGCGAUGCUGAUUUUUCUAUCGUGGGUAGAUUGUAAAAACAGAUUUGUUUUGCUCAUCCGAUUCAAUAAAAUGUGGCGUAUGAUUCGAACAAAAA